AUGUCGCGAACCACAUGCCUCGCCCGUCUCAUGGACAGAGCCGCGGGAGUGUUCAGAAUCGAACGCCAGGCCGUUCGCUUCGUGUACGAGGGCAUUCUACUGCAAGGCUCGGAGACGCCUGAGCGGCUCAACAUGCAAGAGGAGGACGUCAUCGAUCUCGUGGUGGCGCAGAGCGGCGGAGGAUGCUAA